AUGAAAGAUAUUGAGAACUGUGAAAAGUUGUCAGGAAAUCCAGUGGUAGCCACAAGUGGUGGAAACUGUAAUGGUGGUAACCUGUACACAGGAAUUGUGACUGUGAGUUACAAUGUUAAUCCUGCUUUAUACGGAGAGACGGUACGUUUAAGGCUAACCAUCAACAACAAUCCUCGUAUCUCAACCACGUCUACAGGGACAUUGUCAUUCAUAGCAAUCUACAAUCUGACAGGGACAUCAGAGAUAGCGUUACUUGGACAACAAUUUACAUGGACUUGUCAAAUGGUCAUUCCUUCACAAGAGAGUCAUGCAGUUGUUCGAUUUUACAGAAAUGAAACCAAUGUAGGUUUAGUUGGAAUUGUUAGCUAUUGUAGAGGACUCAGUAUAGAUCCCAAAUACAACUAUAGCUGCACAUCACAGACAGAGUUUAAUCUCAUCAUUCCAUCAGAAAAUAUGACAGAGGAAGAAAACAACACGAUAUGGAGAUGUUCUUACGUUUUUAGUGGAAGCCCGUCAUUUAGCAGUAUUCAAAAACGACUGAUCAUUGGAAAUAAACCAGAAGUGCACAUGAAGACAAUAAGUCCCUACCGGAUUAAAGAAGGUAACACAGCUCUAAUGUCAUGUGGUAUCGUCACCGCCACUCCCAAUACAGAUAUCAUUUGGAGCUGGGUAAAAACUGACGGACCGAAUAACAUCCUCCAUAAUGGACCUACAUAUAGAAUUUCCAAUAUACAGAGGGGACAAUCAGGCACAUAUAAAUGUACAGCCACAAACAUUAUAGGGACAUCUCUACCAGCUACAAUACAUGUUGAUGUGCAUUAUGGUCCGAGUCUAGUAACAUUUUCCCCAGAUAUCAACACCAUAAAUAGAUUAGAGAACCAAACAGUGGGCCCAGUUAUAUGCUCAGCAGUCUGCAAUCCAACAUGUACAUACCACUGGGCAGGAGUGAGUACAGUGAAUUCAGCAAGGCUAGACCUUGGAGUACUGAAAAGAACAAAGAGGGGGAAUUAUACAUGCACAGCUACUAACGUAAUAUCUUCCUCCUCAAGAAGCCUCAGUGUGACUAUCAAUUAUCCCCCAAAUAUUGAAGUGUUCCAAGCAAGUGGUAAUCAGAUUUAUGAAGAGUCUUCACAGUUUAGUAUUAUGUGUAAAGUUGACAGCUAUCCACUUUCUAACAAUUAUAUUGAGAAUACAGAAACUGGAAAGGUAGUAUCUUCAAGCGGGCCGACAAAAUCUCUCGUGUUCAAUGAAAUAUCUGCUAAGUGUUAUCAAACUUCUAAUUACACGUGUAACAGCCGAAAUUUCUAUGGAUCAUCAUCAUCACGUAAACUCGGGAUCUACAUUUAUUGCAGGCCAAGACCUUUAGACGGAAAGUCUUUUUUCAUAAUUGGAAUACAAAAAGGAAAAGGACUAAAUAUUUCUACUCAAUUCGUUGGAUAUCCUCUCCCAACGAUAUCAUGGAAAUUUAAAACAAACUCAUCGGAUAUGCUUACCACCCUUUCUGGUGAAUUCCAAACAUUUUCAAAACCAUUGAAUGUGUCGGCAAUACAGACAGGUCUUACUAAAAUGAUUCUGCGUCCAGAGGAGUUUGGAUACUACAUAGUUACAGCUAGUACUCCAGGGAAUAUAUCUCAAAACUACACAGUCACGUACCAUGUGAUUCCAGAAAGAAAACCAGAUGCUCCAAACAAUAUAACACUUGACUGUGCAGUUUCAAAUGGAAGAGCAAUCAUAAAGUGGAUUCCAGGCUUUGAUGGUGGAGCAGAUCAGACGUUCGUAGUGUCUUACAGAACAAAUACUGGACUUCACAAGAAUACAACUCGGAUAAACUUACGGUCCUACGUCACUAUUACGGGGUUAAACGAUCGAACAUUAUACUUUUUCAAGGUUAUUGCAUCAAAUAGAAAUGGGGAAGAUUCUUCUAAAGAAGUACACUGUAUGACAAAAGAAUCCACUGCUUUCCCAGAAUCCACUGCCCAGGACAUAGCUGACAUCGUUGGAGAAAGAAUCCAAAUCCUCAGGAAAAAGGAAACUGAAGAGCCAAACAGAAUGUUAGAGAUAAAAGUUAGGGUUCACUAUGAAGAACUAAAGGCAAUUAGUCGGGAUCAGGAAAGGAGUUACGAUACUAUACAAUCGCCAGAUGGACAUUGUGAUGAAAAUAUGUAA